UAUAUACUAACGGAUAUAUGAUAGAGAUCUGAAUUUAUAUUUGACAACACACACACGCACACAUUUCAUCGUGAUGUUACACGUUUGUGUUGAGUACAAAAAUGAUAUUCUAUGAUGACAAAAAUGUGUAAAUGAGUUAAAAACGGGAAGACAAGAACUGUCGACACUUGCAUCUUACACUUUCGAUGUUAUCUCUCUAACUGAACAGCAGUUUUAUUUCAACACGGCCACCUCUUGUAAGAAGAAUAAGAAAUUCGGCCUACUUGAGACCUGCAAUCUCGCGACCAGCGGUUUUUGGGGAGGGCGAAGAAAAACAAAUCCGGCAAUGCAAAACAUCUGUAUAAAAGCGACUGUCAUGUAGCGCCGUUAUCAUACGCGCAAUGUUUAUGCGGCUAUCAAAAUGGGUAAGUUGUUGUUGUCAAUGCUUUAUAACGCUUUAUUGUUUCUGUUUAAUAUACAACGCUUUGUAAUAAUCUUCAGGUAAUAUAUAUCUUUUUGAUGAUCAAUUGGGUCUACGGACGUGGCCUGCGCGUUGGCCGUCAAGCAGGAUAUUCCUAUCAGCGGCCCAACGUUCAAUUUACGUUACCAACAGAAACAAGUUAUCAACAAAAUAUUCAACAAGGAUAUCCAGGACCUAAUUAUUCUUAUCCUGCUCCUCCGUCACCACCACCACCGCCGCCGCCGCCGCCGCCGCCACCACCUGUUUAUAUACCACCGCCAGCACCUCCAUCGCCGCUACCAUCUGCUGUUUAUAUACCACCCCCAUCACCGCCGCCACUGCCUCCGUCACCACCGCCGUCGCCGCUACCAUCUCCUGCUUAUAUACCACCUCCAUCACCACCUCCACCGCCGCUACCACCUGCUGUUUAUAUACCACCCCCAUCACCGCCGCCACUGCCUCCGUCACCACCGCCGUUGCCACCGCCGCCUCCGCCAUCACCUCCACCUACACGGCCGCCUGCUACUUAUUUACCUCCUCGUGGCAGUCAGAGAUCACCGGUAUCGACACCAGCUCCUACAUACUUACCACCAUAUGGACAACGCGGCUCCGUCGGAACAUCAAACGCCGGUGGAGUAUCCUCGUUUCCUGCUGGAACUCCUGCAAUCACUGCGAGUUUUCCAACGUCAGGUAUAAUGAAAUUAAGCGGACCGGCCAGCGGUGUUGCUACCGCCUCGGCCAGUGGGGUGCACAGUCCCACAUCUGUUUCGAUUACACCGGGUUAUAGUCCCUCAUCUACACCAGGAUAUCCUUCCUCAGGUUAUCCUCCGCCAGAUUAUCCUUCACUUACACCGGGUUAUCCGUCGGGUUCGUCUACGUCUCCCUCGCCUGGAUAGUUUCGUUUCAUUUGAAUUCUUCCAAGAAUGAAUUGGAUGAUCCCAUCCAAUUUACUUUUAUAUUUAACAGGUUCUCGAAGUUAUCUUAGACUUUUGUACGGAAUCUGUUUCUAAAAUAAGCAACGAAUCAGUUCAACAGGAUUGGAUGGUAGCGAAAUAGGAUAUUUUUAUCAGCACU